AUGUUGGAUAAGGUUCAUACGUUGAGGAAGAAGUACCCAAAACUUGAUAUACAGGUGGAUGGUAGUGUGGGAAUUUGUAAUAUCAAGGUGGUGACUGCAGCUGGGGCAAACUGCAUUGUGUCAGGAGCUGCAAUGUUCACCAUAACUGACAAGCCACGCGAAUUUUUGGCCUGUUACAAGACGUUGGCGGAAAAGGGAAUUGAAAGACUCAAUUGGUUUGCUGAAAACGCAGCUAGGGGAAACUGAAAGACUCAAUUGGCUUGCAACCUAUGGAAGUCAGUUCUUUCAGUAAUUUGUAUUACUAUUUAAAGUC